AUGAAACAUGUUGCCUUAGAUUUCAACUUCAUUUACAAUCAAGUUCAAACUAGGGCUCUUCGUGUUGCAUAUGUCUCCUCAACUAAUCAACUAGCAGAUGCCCUCACUAACCACUACCAUACACAAGAUUUCUCUCUCGUGGGACAAGAUUGGACUCUUCUUGUAGAGCUCUAUCUCGAGAAGCACUCUCAGCGUAAAGAUUUUACUGGGCUAUAUGGUCCACCCGAGAAUCCUAAGCAAAACAAACUGUUUGAAAAUGCCUUGGCCAUCUUCGAUCAAGAUUCUCCUGAUCGCUGGCACAAUCUUGCCAGGGCUGUUGGAGGCAAAACAGUGGAGGAAGUGAAGAUGCAUUAUCAGCUGCUUGUUGAUGAUGUCCAGCAGAUUGAAGCUGGAGGAAUCCCUUUGCCCAACUACAGAAGGGCUGGAGCUAGCAACAAAAGCUGCAAUUGCAUUGAUGAAGAACAAAGGAUGAAGAGUCUUAGUCUCCACUGA